GAGCGGCUGAGCUCUCACACUUUAAUAUUACACCGUGCCAAUUGUUGCUGUUAAUCAACACCCAAGGACAAAUAUCUGUUUCUGCACGAUUCCAGAGGCAGUUGCCCUAAAUACAUUUUCUCGUAUAUAUUUUAUCAUAAUGGCUUACAAAAGGGUGCAGGAACCAAAACAAUGACUGAUAGUGUUGGAUCCGAUCGUCGAAGCGACAUAUCUGGUCACGGACCUGGUGGCGUUACACCAAUAUCUGCCAGAUUAAGGAUGGAUGCUGUUUGUGUGAUUGACCUCAAUCAAAGUGAAUAUUUAAGUCACAGAAAAAAAGCAUUUGACGAAGUCAGACAAGCUACUACAGCAGUCAAUGCCAAUUGUCAUCAUGUUCAGUUUGAAAAGCUGGACUUUGGUGAAACAACAAUUUUGGAAACCUUUUACAAUGCUGAUGUGGCUUUAGUGGAUUUAUCAAACCAAGUUCAGCAAAGUGCCUUAUUCUAUCAUUUGGGUGUCAGGGAAAGCUUUGGUAUGAAGGAAAACAUCUUACUUUACAAUGAUAUAGACCCUGGACUUACUUUAAUGCUCAAGAGAUCAUGCAGCAAUUACACGUUUGUGUCUUAUCGUACUUUAGAGUGUGGCACAUGUGUUGAGACUGACCCUUCUAGUGCCCGUUUGGGAUGUGGUGAAGAUACUGGAGCAGAAGCAGGAUUCAAAAUUCAGUUAUCCAUUAAGCUAAGAAGGCUUCUACAAGAUGUUGAAGUACAGUCAAAGGCUCAUAUGAAGGAGAAAUUCCUUGCAGAUUUAAGAAAAGCUAGAGAAACAUGGACCGGCCAAGAGUUAAUAAGGGCAUUACAGGGUAUGAGAAGGAGGCUUGAUGAUCCAAAUAUACUCUCAGGUGAUGUUAUUCUGAAUAUGCUAAUAUCUUUCAGAGAGGUUCAGGAUUACGAUGCGAUGGUAACGUUAUUAGAAGAUCUAAAAACGGUACCGAACCGACAUCAUUACACGCAUACACCAGCCAUUCGACAUUUGUAUGCAUUCGCCCUUAAUCGCAGAAAUCGGGAAGGGGAUCGGGAGAGAGCUCUAGAAGUAAUGAAAAAAGCACUAGAAAAAAAAGAAAAUCACGUUCCUGAUAUUCUGUGCCUAUGUGGACGUAUAUACAAAGACAUCUUUGUCGAAUCGCAACACACUGACAUGGACAGUUUGCAGAAUGCCAUUCAUUGGUAUAGAAAAGGUUUUGAAGUGCAACCCAAUGAGUACGCGGGAAUCAAUUUAGCCACGCUCCUGGUUAUCGCGGGAAAUGAGUUUUCCAAGUCGGAGGAAUUGCAACAUAUUGGCAUGGUGCUUAAUAAUCUGAUCGGACGCAAAGGAUCUCUUUCGUCACUGAAAGAUUAUUGGGACGUGGCAACCUUUUUCGAGAUUUGCGUCUUGGCGGAAGAUUAUGGCAAGGCAGUACAAGCAGCAGAAUGCAUGUUUAAACUCAAACCUCCAAAUUGGCAUUUAAAAUCUACCAUUGGUAAUAUCACGCUGAUCAAUCGCUUCCGACAUAAAGCAGACGAAAGUACUGGUGGAGCGGGUGAAUCAACGCCGUCUCCGGAAGAACAGGUCUUCAAUUUCUGGUUAGAGUACUUCGUAGAAGCUACAAAAGCAGAAACGGAAGAAACGAUUCGAUUUCCGAUUGUUAUCGUGGAACCCACAAAAGUAUUUAUGCCAUCUUACGUAAAUGUUCAUCUGGGAGCAGAGGAAAAGUCACUGGAAAUCUGGAACAUGUGCCUGGACAGUUUGCUGGGCAAGUGUCGCCAAGUUCACCACUGGCUAUUUAAUGCCGAAAUGAUUAAGAGUGUCUCGCUUUACAAACGGGAUGAACGAUGUCUUUUUCUUUACGUCCACCAAAACUCGGACGAUUUUCAAAUGAUUUUCCCAUCAGCUGCCUGUCGCCAAAUGUUCUACGAUCUGGUUCUCCAGCUUACCGCUGACCUGGGCGAAGCUUUUACAGAUCUCGAUAGUGACUUGACUCCCGGUGCGAUUCGUUACGAAUAUGAAUUAGACGACCAGAGUAGGCGAGUCGUGCUGGGAAAGGGAACCUAUGGUGUCGUAUACGCGGCUCGUGACUUUGACACUCAAGUAAGGAUUGCUGUCAAAGAAGUUCCCGAAAAAGAUAUCGGUGAAGUGCAACCUCUUCACGAAGAGAUUAGACUCCACUCCCAGUUGCGACAUCGGAAUAUCGUUAAAUAUCUGGGCUCCAUCUCUGAAGGAGGAUUUUUCAAAAUUUUUAUGGAACAAGUGCCAGGAGGGAGCCUCUCUGAGCUAUUGCGAUCAAAAUGGGGUCCUUUAAAGGAGAAUGAAGCAACUAUUGCCUAUUAUACGCGUCAAAUUUUGCAAGGAUUGAAAUACCUCCAUGACCAAAAAAUUGUGCAUCGGGACAUCAAAGGCGAUAAUGUUCUCGUGAAUACGUAUAGUGGUGUAGUCAAAAUUUCCGAUUUUGGCACGUCAAAGCGACUUGCUGGUCUUUGUCUCAGCACGGAAACAUUUACUGGGACCUUGCAAUAUAUGGCGCCUGAAGUAAUCGACAAAGGGCAACGUGGCUAUGGAGCUCCAGCAGAUAUUUGGUCUCUUGGUUGUACUAUUGUCGAAAUGGCGACCGGUAAACCUCCGUUUAUUGAAUUGGGAUCACCCGAGGCCGCCAUGUUCAAGGUGGGCUACUAUAAAAUGCACCCCGAGAUUCCUGUAGAAAUGUCAGAUCGAGCCAAACAUUUCAUCCUGCGUUGCUUCGAGCCCGAUCCAGACCGACGAGCAACUGCUGCAGAACUAAUGGAGGAAAACUUUCUGUCCGAGAAGAAAAAAAUGGGACGUCUUCCGUCUAACCAAGAAUACAGCCGUAGUGUAUCAGUUCCCGUUGGAGAUCGUUCCAUGCUCCGGACAGAACGCGGUAGUCACCUACCAAGAAUGGCUAGCUCGCCUGAGGAAAACGGAUUUGCUUAUAUGACAAAAACAAGCCCAGCUAAUACAUCUAUACAUUCACCAAUGUCAUCGCCGGUCACGGUCCCAGCGCAAUUAAGCUUCACAACCAGCACUGUUAUGUCAUUGGACGAGGAUUCUCACGUCGGCGGAAGACGAAGCUCUGCAAACAGCCAUGGAACAAACACUGGACCAUCGUCAGGUUAUUUAAGUCCCUUCCCCCUUAGCCCUGAGGUUGAUGGUUGCUCGUCUAAAGGCGGUGGCAUUUUGGGCGAAGGAGUCGAACUCUCUCCAGAAGAUGGGUUUUACACACUGAAAAAAGAUUCUCAGCGACGACAAACGUUGACACGUGUCCUUUCGCAAGAUGGGAAAAAGAUAUGUGAAGUAUGGCUUCGCUCGUUGGAACGUGAAGUUGGACAAACUCCGCUGACUGCACCGCAUUUACUGACGUUGAUGCGAGGCUUGCGUGAUUUUAUUCCAGAACAAAACAAAUCUGCAAUUGAAGCAGCAAUAAGUACGCUUCGAGAGGAAGUCGAUUUUGACGUGCUUGCACUCAAUCACAUUCAACUGGCAUUGUACCUAUUCCAGGAUGCGGUGAAUGCCGUUUUGCGGAUGCACAGUAUCAAACCGCAUUGGAUGUUUGCGCUUGACAAUUUGGUUCGCAGCGCUGUGCAGGCAGCGAUAACAGUUUUAAGUCCAGAGCUAGGUGCCAAUCUCGCUGGUGGUGAGUCCAGACGGAUAAAGAGUGAUGACAGGGACAGAGUGGAUGGAAGUGGCGAGGGUAAACAGCUCGAAGCCUGGGAAGAGACUGGGGAGAGAGUAGAAGAAGGAUCAACCUCAGGAGUUUCAACAAUCAACUCAAACAAAUCACCAAAAGAAUCCACGGAUCAUGAGCGACUUCGAGAAGAACUCAAGAGUGCCUUAGAAACAGUGCAGCGUGAAAAUUUGCGUUUAAUGCACGAGUUGCUGGACACACAGCGUAGUUACCAGAAUAUUUUGCUGACGACAUUGUCUCAUCAACAGAUUCAAAGACAACUGCUUCAGCAGCUUUUACCGUCGAGACCACUGCCAGAACGAGUCGUCGAAAGCGACCCCACCGUUGACUCGUUGCUCGUCUCUUGGUUAGAAGCCAACGGUUUGGAAGACAACGAAAUAACAUUGUUCACUUCGGAAGGCUAUCUAUUGGCCGAUGUCGUUGCAUUCUUUACCAGAGAAGAUCUUCGAAGGCUUGGCUUGCGUGGUGGUACCGAAUUGCGGCUGUGGAGAGCAAUUUUAGAACAGCGAACCCAAUCGACUGUAGGUUUGACCUGAAGUCAAAGAGUACUAAGGGUUCACCUCAUGUUGAACUCAUUGAAUCUAAUUCUGCAUGUCUUGUGUGGUCGUAUAAUAGUCUUCGAAUGAAACCAAAUCUGCCUUCCUUUUCCUUCCAAUUUUGUUCCCGUCUUUCCAGGAUUUCUUAGCGUUUUCUUGCUUUUUGCCAAGAGACGUUUGUAGUCGUCUGGUAUGUGCCAUAGUUUUUAUUCACUCUUGUGGAUCCUAUUGUUUCGUGGUUCGCCAACAACUCAUCUUGUAAAUUUGUCCAAUUCAUCUCCCAUUCGCAAGAGCAUGUCUACCGUAAUACAACAAGCCUUUUACCAUA